UGACCGGCGGGUGACACCACGUGUCCCUCCCUCAGCCCGGCCAUGGCGGGCGCGGUGGCGGCCGCGGGCUCCGCCGAGCACUUCCAGCAGCUGCUGCAGCGCCCGGACAGGUCCCUGGUGGUUGUGCACUUCUGGGCGCCCUGGGCUCCGCAGUGCGCGCAGAUGAACGAGGUGAUGGCAGCGCUGGCACGGGAGCACAGCCACGUGGCCUUCGUGCAGCUGGAAGCUGAGGCUGUGCCUGAAGUGUCUGAAAAAUAUGGAAUUAGUUCUGUUCCAACGUUCCUGUUCUUUAAGAAUUCCCAGAAGGUGGACAGGCUGGACGGCGCGCACGCUCCGGAGCUGGCGCAGAAGGUGCAGCGGCACGCGGNCAUUGGGAUCCAGAAAUUAUCAUUCUCCUUCCAUCGUUUUGAGAUGUUCUCCAUUGGGAACCACUGA